UUCAUCGUUACACCUAAUCGCCCUACAAAAACAAAUAAUUUGGGAGGAGAGAGAGAUUUGGGGGAUGAUUGUCGUUUAAUUUAUGCAAAUUGUCGGUUAGAAAUGAAGAAGGGAGACAGAUAGUUUUGUGGGGUUCUGGAAAUUCGGAUUUAAACAUUUAGGAACACAUGUAUGCAUCUUUGAUUAUUGUUGUUGUGAUUGUCCUCCCGGAAAAUUUGGAUUCUGGGCCGGUAUUUUCAUGGCCGGAUUUGUAGGUUCUUUCUCUGAGAAAUCUGGUUGAAGAAUCUUGAUGAUGAGGGGAAACAGAGAAAGGGUCGUUUGAUUUUGUCAAGCUGGGUUGUAAAGAUCAAUUUUUUAUCCAUUUUUCUUCAGCUCUGAUUUCUCUUUGGCCAUUAGGAGUUGACAAAGGCCCUUUCUGAUACAGAAAUCUGUCAUUUUCAAGGGCUGUGGGAGAUUUCUGACAGUUACAACAACAGAUUGUUUAUGGAGGCAUGUGCAGGAUUCUGUAUAUAUGGUGACAAUGCGUUUCUUGAGUCUGGUUGGGAAUUCUUUUGGAUGCUCUGCAUCGGGGGAGCGGCUGGUCUCUGCAGCGAGAGAUGGUGAUCUUCAAGAAGCCAAGGCCUUGCUGGAAUACAACCCUCGCCUUGCGAGGUAUUCGACCUUCUGUGUUCGGAAUUCCCCACUGCAUUACUCUGCAGCACAGGGCCACCAUGAGAUUGUUUCACUCUUGCUAGAGUCUGGUGUUGAUAUUAAUCUGAGGAACUAUAGGGGGCAGACAGCGCUGAUGCAGGCUUGUCAAUACGGUCAUUGGGAGGUCGUUCAGAUUCUGAUACUUUUUAAAGCCAAUAUUCACAGAGCGGAUUACCUAAAUGGAGGAACGGCUCUCCACUUAGCUGCUCUAAACGGGCAUUCCCCGUGCAUUCGUCUCCUCCUUGCUGAUUACAUUCCCAGCAUUCCUAACUUCUGCAGCAUUUUGAGGAAAAAGUCCAAAAAUGAAGAAUCUGUUUCAGAGUUCGAUCAAGGUUCACUCCACGAAGUAAUCAGCCAGCCUGCUGAUGGAGGCAUCACAGCCCUUCAUAUGGCUGCACUAAACGGACAUGCUGACACUGUUCAUCUACUUCUGGAUAUCGGGGCUUCAGCAUCCAGCGCAACAGUGGAGGAUGGAACUACAAUCGACUUAAUAGGUGCUGGAAGCACACCACUCCAUUAUGCUGCAUGUGGUGGUAGUGCACAGUGUUGUCAGCUCUUGAUUGCCAAGGGUGCGAGUCUUACUGCAGAGAACAUGAACGGAUGGACUCCGUUGAUGGUUGCUCGUUCGUGGCAUAGAGAUUGGCUCGAGGAGAUUCUAAGCCAACGACCAGGAGGGCGACUAAGGCUCUGUCCUUCGCCAUAUCUAAGCCUUCCUCUCAUGAGCAUUGUCGAAAUCGCAAGAGAAAACGGAUGGAGAUGCAACGAUUCACCAUCAACAUGUUUAGAUCCAUGUGUUGUUUGCUUAGAGAGAAAGUGCACCGUUGCAGCAGAAGGUUGUUUCCAUGAGUUCUGCACCCAAUGUGCUCUCUACCUAUGUUCCACAAACAGCGCAUCAACGGUUUCUCAGGGGCCGCCCGGCUCAAUCGCGUGCCCCUUAUGCCGGCACGGGAUAGUCUCCUUUGGCAAGCUGGCAGGGACGAGGCCAGCAACGAAAGAGAUAGCAAGAAACAGUCUGUCCUUGUCUUUCUGCACUUGUUCCACCGAGCUCCCGGACACCAAUUCUUUGGACACGCCGUUGUGCAAGCCCGAUCUUCAGUGCCCUCGGCCCUCUCCGCUCGGAUCUUCCUUCCGAUCCCUCAGCCGCAAAAAGUUCCCCUCGAUGAAACUCAGCCCCGGCCUCUGCAUGGGAGCACCGGACACUAGCCCUUGUCUAGUUCCACGGACCACUGGCCGUAGCAUGAGCGGCCAGUUGGUCCGCUGUUCGAGGUCGUCGAGCUUGCGACGUUCGACGUCUCAGAACGACGGAAGGAGGUGGCUGUGUUCCUUCAACCAAUCCAUGGGAGAUGACUGAUCAUUUUUCAUUGACCACUUUUCCAAUUGUUUCUAAGCCGUACAUAUUUUCUUCAACGAAUUAUCUUGGUUGAAAUUAAUGUUAUUGCAUUAUCGUUUUAAAAAUAUUGUUUUUGGUAACUAUGAGUAAUUUUCCAUUGUUUGUUUGUAGAAAUAAAGAACAAAAUUAUACAUUUCAAUGAAGCUCCAUUUACCUUGAA